GUGGACAUAUGCAUACAAGGUCCAAGAACACUGGCUUCAUCAACAUUCAGCUUUCUAUUUGUAGAUAAUAUGUAUCUGAAGCCAUGUAACGUUUAACAGAGGAAAACAGCAGUAGGAGUAAAGCAGCAAGAAACAGCACAGCCCAUUGAGAGCAAGAGCCUGCUGAAUGUAAAUAUCUGUGAAGAAUGAUGAAGGCCAUGCUCCCACUGUGCCUGCUGGUGGCUGUGCUCCACCUCAGUGCCCACAGCCUGACCGAGACUGAUCACCACCCUGAGCAGCAUGAGCCAACUGACCCCCAGGAGCAGCCUUCCCAUGGGGAAGAUCCUCUCAAGUCCUGCCAAAGGAUAGUCCCAAGCAACACAGACUUUGCCUUUCAGUUUUACAGGCAAGCAGCCACCCAAGAACCUGCAAAGAACAUUUUCUUCUCGCCAGUCAGCAUCUCUGCUGCCCUUGCCCUUCUGUCCCUGGGCUCCCGAGGCAGCAGCCAGACUCAGGUGCUGGAGGGACUGGCCUUUAACCUCACCAACAUCCAGAAGGAGGAGAUUCACCGUGGCUUUGGGCAGCUCCUCCUCCUGCUGAGCCGCCCUGGGAGCCAGGUGCAGCUGAGCAUGGGGAGCACCCUCUUCAUGGACAAACACCUGAAGCCAAUGAAAUCGUUCCUGAAGGACAUCAAAAGACUGUACGGAGGAAAAGCUGUCUCUAGUAGCUUCCAGAAUUCCACUGAAGCUAAAAAUGAGAUCAAUGAUUACAUAAAAAAUAAAACCUGUGGGAAUAUAAACCAAAUACUUGAGGACCUUGAUCCAAAUACUCUGAUGGUAAUUGUUAACUACAUUUAUUUCAAAGCCUACUGGGAAAAUCCUUUCAAUAUUGAGAGAACUCACAAGGACUAUUUCCAUGUGAAUGCAAAGACCUCAGUUGAAGUGGAGAUGAUGGUUCGAGAUGGAUUUUAUAAAGCAUACUCUGACAGGAAGCUGUCUUGCAAGGUGGUGCAGAUUCCUUACAAGGGAGAUGUUGCAGCAUUUUUUAUUCUGCCCAAUAAAGGGAAAAUGAAACAGUUGGAACAUGCCUUGACAAAACGCACUGUUUCUAAAUGGGAAAGAUCUCUUCAAAGAUGGAGGAUGGAAUUGCAUAUUCCAAAACUAUCAAUUUCAGGCACCUAUGACUUAAAGAGGAUCUUAAUGAAUAUGGGUGUAACUGAUGUGUUUUCUGAUCGGGCUGAUCUGUCUGGAAUCACAGGAAACCCUGAUAUGAAGGUUUCAAAAGCUACUCAUAAGGCCCUGCUGAAGAUUCAUGAGAAUGGCACAGAGGCUGCAGCAGUCAGCAGUAUAGAUUUUCUUCCUCAUUCUGUUCCUCCCACUGUUAAAUUCGAUCAUCCAUUCUUGCUGUUGAUUGUUGAUCAGUAUACUCAGAGCAUCCUCUUCAUGGGAAAAAUUGUAGACCCAAGUCAAAAAUGACUGGUCAGUGGCUGGUCUUAUUGAUUCAAAUUGCAUUUUAUGGAAUUCUUGUCCAUUGUGAAUAAAAUUAUAUCCCAACUGUUA